CUGCAUACGAUGACAUUUUAACAACAUUUGCAUUAUAACGUGCCACUCUAAAAUAUAUAUGAAGUGAUCAGACAAGCUAUUUUCUUUAAAACGCCUAAAUAUCAAAGCGGAACUACAUCUCAGUUCUUUGUAGUUUUCCUCCCGGGCAGAGUUUAGAGUGGCGCUCGUUAUGUGACCUGGGAGAAUCACGCCUGUUAUGAAGAAACCAAGAAACACUCAAGAUGUCACAAGUCUGCGUGCAUUUAUCACGGUUUUCUUUAGGUCACAAAGUUUUUACAGGCCGGAGACAUGCGAUUUUAAGACCAUGUGUCACAAGGAUGCUGUCCAUGACAUCACCGCUUAAUGCAAAGCCCAGAAAACCUCCAGAUGAUGAUGAUGAUAAUGAUAAAGCAUCCAAACCCAUCCAGUUCUCCACCAGCAAAGCCAGCCACCGAACCUGGAGAGUGGACCGUUCGAUGGGCAGCACUUACCAGCGGCCCUGGUGGAAAGUUCUGCCCAUCAGCAUCAUUGGAGUGGGCUUCCUCGUCUGGUGCAUGUUCAGGAAAGAGAGCGAGAUAGACGAGUCUCUGGAGAAGAACCUCUAUGAACAUCUACCAGGACUGCUGUCCGAUGAAGAGCAGGAGGACGUCGGCAUCAAAAACAAACCAUCAUAGUGGCUUAAAAGGGACACUUUCGAUUUGGAAUGUUUAUUUAUUGUUCAGAAGUAGAAUGUUUUCUCCAAGCGGAGAAUCAUCAAAUCAGCCGUCCACAUUCUGUGCUCUUGAAAGUGUUUGUAUGGAGCUGGAUCAUCUGUAGCUUGUGAAGUCAGCGGCACUGUAUUGAAAGCAUGACGGAGAAACUUCUGAACUGUAGUUGUGGGGUAACUGCUAGUUUAUAACUCAUGUCAUCAGGGAAGCAUUGUUGAAUACACUGAAAGUCAACCUUUAUUUUACCGCUCAAGCAUCACUUUAAACUCAUUUCAGCAUUACAUCAUCAAAGGGGGCAUGUCAGUUAUUUACUUGAUAUGGUUUACAAACUGUAGACAGUGAAAUACUUUGCUCUGCUCAUAUUAAAAACAUAAGAGAUGUGAAAAUGAAA